AGUGGAGCGCAGCUCGGCAGGACCCGCCUCUGGAGUCGGGGAGGUUUAAACGGAGUGCAGCGCGCCUCCCCUUCACCGAGCUGAACAUGUGCUGAGCUCUUUGCAUCCGAAAGUGGAUUCUCGGAACUCUCCUGCUCAUUGGUGUCAUUUGGAAAAGAAGCACAGAGAUCAUCGCGUGGAGAGCAGCCAGCGUCUACGAAAGCCGCGUUUUCAGUUGAUGAACUCCGGAAUUUUUUCAUUCAGGCGCGAGACGGAGCGCGAAGCUGCCGCAAUCGUAUCAUUGGUGCAUUUGUAUUUGGAUUCAUCCAACGUUCCAUAACGUUUAAACUGGACAUUGUGAGACUGACGCAUGAUCCGUACUCCGAACUGAUUCGAUUCAGUCAAUUUAUUCCCCCCAUCAGCUAACUGCUCCAUGGGUGUGGAGGGGAGGAAGACACUAUUUACCGCGUGCGCCUUGAUCGCGCUCGUGCCCGCCUGUUUCACCUCCUACGUGCCGUGCGAGCCGUGCGAUCUGAAGGCGCUGUCCAUGUGUCCACCCGUACCCACAGGCUGCCAGGCGGUGAAGGAGCCGGGCUGCGGCUGCUGCUUCACCUGCGCGCUGCGGGAAGGACACGAGUGCGGCGUCUACACGGGCACGUGCGCCGCGGGUUUGCGCUGCCUACCGCGCGCUGGGGAGGAGAAGCCGCUGCAUGCGCUGCUACACGGCAGGGGGGUGUGCAUGAACGAGAAGGGCUACCAGCCGGCCCGGGAUCAAGAGUCACUUCACCAUUCCAAGGUGCUAUUGUUUCCUCAAGACCACAUCAACAACAAGAAGGUCCUGGCUGUUCAUAAGGACAGGAAGCAGCUACAGUCCAAGCUCAGGACCAUGGGCCAUAUGGACUACUCCCCUCUCAGCAUAGAGAAGGGCCAGCCUGAAAUGGGACUGUGUCGGAGGAAGCUGGACAUAAUUGUCCGGAGGAUGAAGGACAUGCCCAGAGUCAUGGCUCUGUCUCUCUAUCUGCCUAACUGUGACAAGAAAGGCUUCUUCAAGCGCAAACAGUGUAAACCCUCCAGGGGGCGGAAGCGAGGCAUUUGCUGGUGUGUUGAUAAAUAUGGUGCCAUGAUGCCGGGAACCAACUACAGUGGAGGCAACAUCCAGUGUAGAGAGCCAGAGAACAACAGCAAUAACAAAUGAAGAGUCUCUUUCUUGAUAACAGGUCCCUUCUUCAUCUUGCCAUAUUCUGUUAACUGCCAAAUCACCUAAAGAAUCUGUAAAAGUUAAUAUAUAUAUAUAGGCAAAGUUAGAAAACAGAUUUAAUUAAUUGCACUAAGAUAGUGCAUAUCAUUAACAAACAAUGGAAUUAUGGAAUGAUCAAUUUUUCAGUACUAGAGCACUUUCAAGUUCUUUCAGAGCACUUUUCCAUAUAAUCUUAAAUAUGUGGGUUUUUCUUAACUCUGUCAAUGUACAGUAUAAAUGAUCAGUGCUAUUAUAGCAGUCCUUUUCCUUCCCAAAAAUAACAGCUGUCACUGACUAUAGAAAGUAAACUUAUCAACUCAAAAAGCCAAUCAUUAGUAGCCUAUUUAAUUGGGUUGAAGUGACAUAGAUACAUUUUUCCAUAUCAGUUAAAUCUGGGAGAAGCUAUAAACCUAAGCUAUAUACAAAAGCGAGGCAUUUAUUAAUGGCUUGUUACACUAUAUGGCCAAAGGUCUGUUGACACCUGACCAUCACACUCAUACACAACCCAUGCAGUAGGGUUGAGGUCAGGGUUCUCUGCAGGCCACUUGAGUUUUUCCACUCCAGCCUUGGCAAACCAUAUCUUGAUGGACCUUGCUUUGUUUGGGGCGUCUUUGGAUCGUUGUCAUGCUGGAACAUGUUUGGACUACGCCUUAGUUCCAGUGAAAGGAAAUUUUACUGCUACAGAAUACAAAUAUCCUAUACAGUUGUGUGCUUCCAACUUUGUGGCAACACUUUGGGGAAGGCCCACACUUGGAUGUGAUGGUCAGGUAUCUACAAACCUUUGGCCAUAUAUUGUAUGUUAUAGGGAGACAUUGCUAUUUCAGUACAGAAUGGGAUAAUGCCAACUAGUUAUUUCUGUCUGAGUUCUUGUGGUCUGGGUUUUCGUGGAAAUCCCUGCCUUUUUUCCAAUGCAGAUGCAUUUAAAUUCUAAUUUACAUAAGGACUACAGAGAAAAAAUACACACAUAAAGCAGACAUAUGCAGUUCAUGAGUAAAUUUAAAUUAACAAGGCUGAUGAGAGGUUAUUCGGAUGAUAAGGAACAGCAGUGUGGCACCAAGAAUGUGUUGAACUUGUUGCACUUCCUCAUCUGAUGCUUUGGCUUUUUAAAGGAAUAUUUUGUAGUAAAAUCUUCUGCUUUGUGUGAAGCUUUGUAUUGCAAUUCUGAAAUUGUGAAUGAUGGAUUUUGGAGAACUGAAGGCAGUUCAGUCACAUAGACAACACAGUUGAAGGUCAUGAAUUAAAACUGUAUCCUUUUUUUGUGUGGCUGUAAAUAACACUUUAAUAUGACCCAGUUUUUUUUAAAGAUUUUAUCCUUAAAGAUAAUCCAAUUAUGCGGUUCAAAUAAGAUUAACAAUAAAGGAAAUCCCUCUACCAAAUAAGAUUAACAGUAAAGGAAAUCCCUCCACCAAUGUUAACAUUUUAAUGACAACAACAGCUCUGCAGCUGGAGAUCUGUAGUAUCUGUUAUCUAUAGAAAUAUUUAACCUGCAGACCCCUGUGACAGGGCUUAUGUGGUGCCUGUUUUAAAAAGAAAGCAUUUGAUUCCAGGCCAAAUUAUAUUAGACUAAAUUAAAAAAUAUACUGUGUAACAUUUUAUCAUCAAAUGGAUCAAUUCUAUAUCUGAAAAAAAAAGCUUUAAGAAACUUUGAUGAGAUUUUCUUCAAUGUGAACUUAUUAAUUCUAGUGUCAUAAAUAAGUGAUAAAAGAGCAGAUUUCUUCAUAUCAGAAUAUCAGUGUGUGCUAUUUAUUCACUGCAUAAUUUAUGUACACUUAUUUUUUGUCUCUUUUGUAAUAAAGAGCAUUUAUUCAAA